AUGACCAGGAAAUUCGCCGAGCACAACGACCCCAACCUAGGCGAAGAUGCCUACGAGCAGUCAGCCCGAGUCGAUGCUGUUGACCACUAUACCAACAGCCAUCUACUCAACCCCAGCCGCAACAAAUACCACGAUGUACUAGAAAAGGCCUACGACAACUCACUGGCAGCAGGUCUGCCUGACAUAUCCUGUGCACCAAGCCAGGCCAAGUAUCUGUCGCUGCAGGUCCGUGCCACACGCGCCAAGAACGUCCUUGAAGUCGGCACUCUAGGUGGCUACUCGGCCAUCUGGAUGGCGUCGGCUGGCUCACACGUCCACGUCACUACCGUGGAGGUCGACCCUCACCACAAGAAAGUUGCUGAGCAGAACAUCGCCAACGCCGGUCUGUCAGACCAGAUCGAUGUGCUACUAGGUCCUGGCGUGAACGUCCUGUCGAAGCUCAGGGAGGAAGUGGCCUCGGGCAAAAGGCAGCAGUUCGAUUUCGUCUUCAUCGACGCUGACAAGGAGAAUAAUCUUACCUAUCUCCAAAUCGGGUUGGACAUGACUACGCCAGGCACAUCGUUCUUCAUCGAUAACGUCGUGCGACGAGGCAAGCUUGCCAAUCCUGUCGCUGCCAAGGAGGAUUCGAGAGUGAAGGCGACAAGGGAGCUCGUUGAGACGGUUGGUACAGAUGAGCGGCUCGAAGCGGUGGUUGUGCAGACUGUGAGCGAAAAGAAUUAUGAUGGUUUCCUCAUGGCCGUGAAGGUGUGA